AUGGUGCAGCUGAGGAGGCUCCUGCGGGUGAAGGGAGAUGUUCUGUGCAGUAUGCUGCUACUACUGCUCUUCUGCCUGCUGUUUUAUGCCCGAAAGGUGAUAUUGUCAUCUGGAUGGGACAAUCUUCCUUUGAAACUUGAGAUGAACAGCUCGACCAGCAACAGUCGGACACUUCUGGGAACCGUUGGAUCCAAACUUGCUCCAAGACUUGCAGAUGUAAAACAGGCUCAUAAGACCAAAACCAAAACUCCUCAGGCCGAGGCCAAAAUUCCGGUCAAAGCAAAAGGGAAAUCCAAGUCGAGACACAAGAAUGCAUCCAAACCGACCAGGCCUCCUUUGCCCACUCUGCCACCAUUCGACUUUAAAACUUACCUGAACGCAAAGGACAAUCGAAACUUCAGCCUCCUUAUUGACCAACCGGACAAGUGCCACAUAGAAGGUCAACAUGCACCCUACUUGCUCAUUGCUAUCAAAUCUGUUGCAGCUGAUUUUGACAAGCGCCAGGUUGUGCGUCGGACCUGGGGUAGAGAGGGGAGCUUCCCAAAUGGUGUGACUGUACGGACAGUUUUCCUGCUGGGUGUCCCGAGGAAUCAGAGUGCUCUGCCUUUAUGGGACCGGCUCCUGGCCUAUGAGAGCCAGAGCUUUAAGGACAUCCUGCUUUGGGACUUUGAAGAUACCUUUUUUAACUUGACUCUAAAAGAAACACACUUCUUAACGUGGGUCAUCAGCAGCUGUGCCCACAUCAAGUUCAUCUUCAAAGGUGACGCCGAUGUUUAUGUAAAUAUUGAAAACAUACUGGAGUUGCUCGAGGGGCAAGAGCCAGAAGAGGACCUGUUUGUUGGUGAUAUUAUUGUGAAUGCCAAACCUAUCCGCCGCCGCAGCUCGAAGUACUUUGUGCCAGAGUUUGUGUACGGAGGCAGCCUGUACCCAUCUUAUGCUGGAGGAGGAGGCUUUGUCAUGUCUGGGCACACCGCUCGGAGACUUGGCCCAGCUUGUCAACAGGUGGAGCUGUUUCCAAUUGACGACGUAUUUUUGGGAAUGUGUCUUCAGCAGAUUGGAGUCAAACCCUCACGGCACCAGGGCUUCCGCACCUUUGGGAUCCCACGUCCAUCUGCCGCACCACAUCUCCAAACGUUUGACCCGUGUUUCUACCGGGAGCUGAUGGUGGUCCACAGCCUGAGUGUCCCGCAGAUAUGGCUCAUGUGGAACAUGCUGCAUGAUCCCAAAGUGAGCUGCCACAACAGAUCAAGAGCCGCCUCUGAUCACUUUUCAUGGAAGUUUGAGAACAAGGCUGAGACAAAAGCCCAAAGCCCAGUGGAUAGAGUGGACACAGACUACAUUGACACACAUGCGUUCAUUACACCCUGA